UUACAGGCAUCGGUAAUGCCCACAACGCACAUCAAGGAUCGUAUCCUCGGAGAGAAUCCUCUCGCCUUUCGAACGACCCGCGCUUCGGGCUUCGAAAGCGCGUCUGGCGCCGAAACCUUUUUGAGAACUAAAUUGUUCCACCGAGUACUGAUGGCUGUCAAGGGACUAGUCUCGCUGAUUGUCAAGUUUCUCACAGACCAGCUGCAAGAUGGUGACAUAACUGCCGAUUCACGUGAGAGCUUGGAAGUGGCGAUCCAGUGUUUGGAAAGUGCUUACAAUGUGCAAGCCUCCGACGCGCCACCGAAUCUAAGCCUGUAUCAAAUUUACAAGAAUGUGGCUGAGAACGCCGCGCCUGUCCUGGGCCCAGAGGCCACGUCGGAGGCAAAGGCCGAAGCAGAAAGAUUAAAGAACGAAGGCAACACGCUCAUGAAACAGGAGAAGCAUCACGAGGCGCUUGCCAAUUAUACAAAGGCAAUAACAUUAGAUUCUCGCAAUGCAGUGUACUAUUGUAAUAGAGCUGCCGUUCAUAGCAAACUUGGUAAUCACAAUUUAGCCAUCAAAGACUGUAACACGGCGCUCUCUAUCGAUCCCUCGUACAGCAAGGCGUACGGACGAUUAGGUUUAGCGUAUUCUAGCCUGGAGAGGCAUAAAGAAGCUAAGGAGAGCUACGAGAAAGCUCUGGCAAUGGAACCGGAUAACGAGAGUUAUCGAAACAAUUUGCAAUUGGCGGAGGAAAAGCUGGCCCAAUUAGGUGUCAACCAGUCGCUUCCGAAUAUCCCCGGCAUGGACUUGAGCGCACUUCUAAGCAAUCCCUCUCUAAUGAACAUGGCGCGUCAGAUGUUGUCUGAUCCGGCUAUGCAGAACAUGAUGUGUAAUCUUAUGUCUGGCAAUGUGGAAGAAGGUGGACGCAUGGAAUUACUCAUAGAAGCAGGCCAACAGUUAGCGCAGCAGAUGCAGAACGCAAACCCCGAAUUGAUUGAGUCGUUGAGACGACAAAUGGGCGGUAAUCCGAAUGAUCCGGAACCACCGCAACAAAAUUAAAACAUCGGCUGGUUGUGUGAUAUGGAUGUGAAUUUUAUGAUGGACAUCAUAGCUGAGUUUCUUUCUCACUCGUAGUUACAGACAAGUACAUUAUAUUUCGUUUUCUAAAAAUGGCGCGAGGCAAGACUUACAGCUUCGAUAAUAAUUCUAUUAUCAUAUCUAUAAAGCGAUAAUGCACAUACCAUAUAAUUCAUUUCAUAGGAUUAGUUGUUACGGAUGUAAUACCGGGCCUCUCUUCUUCCCUUGUCUUUGACUAUUGUACAAUUUUUGAUAGCAUACUUGUUAAAGAUUGAUGCAACAUGAUAACAUGUUUUUUUUUAAUGUCGCAACGAUUUGAGUAACUAAUAAUUGAGUUAUACCUAAUUUGCUGUGUCAUACAGGGCAUUAUUUCCUAGAUUAUGCGCUGUAUUAUGAAUGACAAAUUUGUAUAAUGCAACUGUUUAUUACAACUGUCUCUGAUGAAUAACUCUGAAUGGAUUAUUCAUUUGAUGCGAAAUGUAUCUGCGGAUUCAUGACAUCGAACGAGUUGCAAACCAUUGUUAAAUAUUUUAUUUGUAUUACAUUCUAUGUAUAUUGUACGAAAUGGAACAUUCAACAUCUUAUAAACGCGUAAUUUUUAACUGAAAUCUUUAACUAUAUAUACAGACAGGAUGGAAUCUUUUGCAUAUUAGGUUUACAAUCUCGCGUUUUUUUAAAUAUGUGUGAAGUCCUUAGCACAUUGCAUAUUGAAAAUUAAAGCAGCGUGCUAAUACCAACAAACAACUGUAAUAAAAAUCGCAUCGUGAAAAAAAAUUCAGUUUUCUUUUUUAUUAUUUCGUCGUGUCUCUUUCACCAGAUGAUUAGAAAAUUAUUCGCUCUGAGAUAUUAAUAGAUGAUUGAAAAAAAACCAAAGAAAUAAAAAAUCGAAACUAUCAAAUACAGAUACAAAUAAAGAGCUUCCGACAAAUACACUCGUCUUUGACUUGGGAUGCGAAUUAUUGUUUAACAAAAAAAAA